AGAGAGAGAGAGGGAGAGGAAGGCAGGCAGGCAGGCAGAGAGCCUGUCAUUCUGGGGCUGGGAAAGGGAGACGGCCGGGAGCCUGGCCAAGGCGCCUCUCUCUCUCUCUCUCUCUCUCUCUAUGCGCGCCCCGCUGCCUUGCCUCCUGGAGUUGCUCUGCGCCUUCUCCGCCGCCGCCGCAGCUCUUGCCCCUGUUCUUUGCCUCUGGUUGUGUUGGUGAGGAUAUUACAGUGAUGUCUGCAUUCAACCUACUGCAUUUGGUGACAAAGAGCCAGCCGGUGGCCCUGAGAGCCUGUGGUCUUCCCUCAGGGUCAUGUAGGAAUAAAAAGAGCUGUAAGGUGGCCUUUCCCCAGGAAGAACUGAGGAAGCGGUUGACGCCUUUGCAAUACCAUGUUACUCAGGAGAAAGGGACUGAAAGUGCUUUUGAAGGGGAAUACACAUAUCACAAAGAUUCUGGAAUAUACAAAUGUGUUGUUUGUGGAACUCCUUUGUUUAAAUCAGAAACAAAGUUUGACUCCAAUUCAGGUUGGCCCUCCUUCUAUGAUGUUAUUGCCUCUGACAAAAUUACAUUCACUGAUGACUACUCUUUCGGGAUGCACAGGGUUGAGACAAGCUGCAGUCAGUGUGGUGCUCACCUUGGACAUAUUUUUGAUGACGGGCCUCGUCCAACGGGCAAACGAUAUUGCAUAAAUUCAGCUUCAUUGUCUUUUGAGCCUACAGACAAUAACCUUGCUGCUGAAGGAAGCACUAGCUCUAUUUCUGCUCAACCAGACAAGACAGAGCUGUAGCAGGAAAGGAUAUACUACAGACAGCUGGCGUCCCUACAUGACUUAUAAAGAAUGUUAUCCUAAAUUGCCUUCUAUCUUUAAAAAAAGAUAUUCUGUACUAGCAAUGUUUUUCUGUACUAAGAUGAGGCCUUGUGUGCCAAUGUAUUUUGUUAUAUAAUUAUACCUGGAUAAUUGUUUAUGUCUGUGCUUUGGGUAAUCCCUUAGCAAGAAGGGCUUUGGCAGUACGGGUUAUUACCAUUAUACUGCUUGGUUAUUGUAGGCUUGAAUAUAACUCUUUUUUAUUGCAGGGGAGAAGAUGACAGUUCAUUUCUGUCAAAGUCGAAUUAUAAUAUGCAACAGAAUUCUGAUAUCUUGUUCUGAUUUACAAGACUUGGGCAGCCAACCAUCUAUCAGUAACUAUCAUACUCUCCCAUAGUGGAGAUUUGUGGAUCGGUUGUUGUAUCGAACCUAUCCCAUGGCUCAGGUUUCUAUCAAAAUUCAGAGAGUGCACUUACUGUUAACUAUGUGUAAUCUGCUUCCCCACAUUAAUCUAAAUCAAUGGUUCUCAACCUGGGGGUCCCCAGAUAUUUUGGCCUUCAACUCCCAGAAAUCCUUACAGCUGCUAAACUGGUUGGGAUUUCUGAGAGUUGUAGGCCAAAACACCUGAGGACCCACAGGUCGAGGACCACUUGAUCUAAAUGAAAAUAAAGCUCUCACUGGUAUUGGACAUAGCAGAAAUUUGUCCUUUUCUGCCUUUGUUGGUGGAAAUAAACAACUAGCGCAGCCUGUUAGAACAUCUUAAGUUGCAAUCAGAAUUUAGACAAAGGUGGAGAGAGACACGAUAAUCUUUAGAGGAGUGAUCUAUGCCUCAAGUGAUAGCCCUAAAUAAUUGUUCUAGCAUACGUUCCUAAUGAAGAUCCUGCAAAAUAAUCACUGAGGAGCAAAAAAAACUUUCAUAAGAACAGUCUGUUGAUUGUGCCUUAGACAUUAAUUUUGAACUAAACUCUCAAAACCCUGAAAUUGAUUCUCGGAGUUGUAAUCCAAAAUGUAACUUUUCUAGGCGCUGCCUUUUUGUGGAAAUAAACAAGUAGUGCAACCUUUGUCCUCCCCCAGUUCAUACAGCUUGACCUCCACAUUUGCAGCUUUGACUUUUACAGAUUUGAUUAUUAAUUUGCUAUAUGUUAUCUCUAGGUUUUCCAGCGUGACUCUGGUCAAUUUCUGGCAGAUGUCACGCUGGAGGAUUUCUAGAGAAAAUAUUUAUUUAGAUAUGUGUAGGACCUCCCAUGCGAUCUUACAGAAGUUGAUCAAAGAGUUGCACUGGAGGACCUAGAGAUUCCUAGAAAGGUGUUCUUUCAUAUAUAUAUUUUAAAAAGCAGUUUUUUAUUUGCAGUUUUCCCACUAUUGUGGAGGUCCUUCUCCCCUACCUCCAGUUAAUGUGGAGAGAUUACUGUACUUCGUUAGAGAAGUACAAACCUUCCUGUAGUCCCCCUUAAAAUGUUUGGAAGGAUGAUAUUUCCAUCUUUCAAUAGCAUGAGUAGUGAAACAAAUGUGCCUGCUCAAGUACAAAUUUUUAUUAGUGUGCUACCUGAACACAUCUCUGAGCUCAUAUUUGCUUUCAGCUCCAACAUGUGUACAGGUGUAGUAGAUAUCCGAAUAUAGUGUCUGGAACAAAGAGAGACAAUCAAAGCAAUAAAAAGAUAUUCAACGAGGAACAAUCCUAUCCAUACCUACACACAUAAACAUAUACAGAGAAUAUAUCAUUUACUGAACAUUGUGCAGCAUAUUAGUUCAUGUGCCUAUAAUGAUGUUAUAAUUUUGUUUAAUUUUUUUUUCAAGAAAUUGCUGCUUACGUUUGAGGGCUCAAUUUGCUUUUUUACAAGAAUGGCGCAAUUGCUUUCUGCAUUGCCUUUCAGUAGUGUACAUGAUUGGAACAGAUGCAUUUUGCAAAAGCCUAGCACCAUGGUAUUAUGUAAUACCUGAAAUAUUUAACGUUGGCACCCUUUGCAGUACAUACAAUUACUGCCUUUUAUGCCUUACAGCUCAAUGGGACAAAAAAACCUAUAUGCUAAUAAAUAACAAAUAUAGUUGAAGAAUAGACAGAUGUAGGAUUUCAGAAUGCAGUCAUAUACAUAAGAAAACAAUUAUGCAUGGCAUUACUCUUAUCAUUUGAACAGUCUUUAGUACAUAAAGGCAAAGCAAUUUAUGUGUCAUAUCAUUAUUGCUUUUUUAUCUUUAUCUUUAUCGUUAUUUUUCCAGAAGGACUGUUCUUAUUCUUUGCCUCUUGGAAAAAAAACUGAGUUAUCUCCAGUCACAUUUUAAGACAUAAAUCUCUAAUGUGCAACAUAAGCGAAAAUGUGGGAUAUGCACGCAGUUUGCUUUUCAGAUCACAGUUGUAGUAAAGAAUCACUGUAGUAUCAAGUUUCAGUGUAUUUCUGUCUUCCAUUAAAGAAAUAUAUGACUCAAACUUCAAUGAGGAAUGGUGUCAGCUGCCCAUCGGUAGAUUUAUACUUGCACGAUCUGGAAUGCAGUGAACUGAGUCAGAAUGGCUAGGUAUAUAUGAUCAAUGAAAGUGUAACACUAUUGACAAUGGAAAGCCAUUGUUCUUUCUCUCAGCUGCAAUACUGGGCAGUGUUUUUUUUUCUGUGAAUGCCAAUAGAGGAUGCUAAAAGGACUGGUGUUACAAAACCCAAAUAAAGGUCACUUUGUUUAUGGCCAUCACAAGGGAUAGUUGAAGUUGAACACAAUCUAUAGCUGGGAAGUUUUUCUGUUCUUUGUAUUUAAUGGGUGCACAAAACUACUGAAUGCAAAUUUAUAUAGAACUAGAGAUCUAUACUUUAUAAUUGUCUGUUGAGGAUUUGCAAAAGAUCUGCUGUGCAUCACAAAUGUUAUUUAAAGAAAGAGAAAAGGUUGUUGUUUUUUUAAAAAGAUUAUUUUAGUGUACAGGAUAUACUAUUUUAAAUAUUUGAACUUUUCCUCUGAAUUGUUCUUUGCUUUGAAGAUAUCAGUGCUGACUUUUUCAAUGGAGAUAUCUUUUAAUAUAUUUGCUGUACACAGAUAUAUAAUAAAUAUAAUUUAUAAAUACA